CUGACCCCUGUAAGCUUGUAUUACUAGUUCCUACUGGUUUCAGUGCUCAAUCCGUGCAUACAUUUACUGUGGGCACUUCCUAAUCUCCCUUCCACGAACCCAAUUUGGCUCUGACAGUUGAAGGUCCGUUAAGCAAGUUAGUAAUUUUUUAGCUUUCGUCACGGCCAGCAUUUAACUAGCUACACCCCUGUCCUAACACCAAACUCGCCUCCCAAGUCCCAACCGACCCCUUCCAGAAUGCGCAGCUCGCGUGGCCUCCUCGCCGUCUCCGGCCACCUUGCCGGCCACCACGCUCCGGCGACCUCCACAUCCACCACCGCCCACCACUCCCUGUUCGCACGCACCUUCCAAAUCCUAGCCCAGCCGGAGCCCGUCCGCCUCCAGAAGCUCUCCGCACCUGACUCCGGGAUCGUAGAGCUGAGGCUUGAGCGCCCGGAGGCCAAGAACGCCAUCAACUGGGAUGUGAUGAGGAGGCUACUGAGCGCGAUAGAGAAGAUUGAGGCCGACGCGACGGCGAAGGUCGUCCUGGUUGCGAGCUCCGUGCGGGGGGCUUUCUGCGCAGGCGCCGAUCUCAAGGAAAGGAGGCUAAUGAGCUCUUCUGAAGUUCGAGAGUAUGCUAGUUCCUUAAGGUCUACAUUCUCGUCAUUUGAGGCACUCCCUAUUCCAACAAUUGCUGUCAUUGAAGGAGCUGCUUUGGGUGGUGGGCUAGAACUGGCUCUUUCAUGCGAUCUACGCAUAUGUGGGGAAAAUGCGAAACUUGGACUGCCAGAAACAGGCCUUGCUAUUAUACCUGGAGCUGGGGGCACACAGCGUCUUCCUAGGAUGGUAGGGAGGUCCAGAGCAAAGGAACUGAUAUUCACUGGCCGUAGAUGUGAUGCAACUGAAGCUGUAAUGAUGGGACUAGCAAACUAUUGCGUUCCAGAAGGGGAGGCUUAUCAAAAAGCUCUUGACAUUGCCCGUGAGAUAACUCAGAAAGGUCCCUUGGGGAUAAGAAUGGCGAAGAAGGCUAUCGAUCAGGGGACGGAGGUGGCCGACAUGUGCUCGGCAUUGGCUGUCGAAGGGGAAUGCUACGAGCAGCUGCUGCACACGAAGGAUUGCCUUGAAGGCCUGGCUGCAUUUGCGGAGAAAAGGAAACCUGGAUACACAGGGAAGUAGUGACGGUCUGUUACCCCUCUGCUGGGGUUCCUGGUACUGUGGUACACCGUGAAUUAGCCGAGUGCAAAUAAGGAAAAGUAUGCACCGCCCCCGGCAUUGGUUGAGGAGAGAGGCCCAACUACCGUGUUUCGGGAAAAUAAUACUAUAAGACCUGGUCUAAUCUGUGUUACUCGGACACGUGUCUAUUUUUUUUUUCUGAGUCGGACACUCGCGUAUCGGAUUCCGACACCGUGUUAGAUUCUAAGUGGUAUUUGGCGUGUCC